AGGUGAACACCUUUGGUACUUUCAAUAUGAUUCGUCUAUCUGCUGAAGAGAUGAUGAACAAUGAGCCAGAUGAAGGAGGUGAGAGGGGAGUGAUAAUAAACACAGCCAGUGUAGCAGCAUUUGAAGGUCAGAUUGGACAAGUUGCUUAUUCCGCAUCAAAAGGAGCAGUUGUAGGAAUGACACUGCCAAUCGCAAGAGAUCUCGCAAGACAUGGGAUUAGAGUAAAUACCGUAGCACCAGGUAAAGUGUUUAUUCUGAUGUUAUGAUCAAUUAUACUCUGCUCUGUUUUUCUAUAUUGCGUUAUGUAAGCUGUAAGUGCUCUUAAAAAUUCCAUUACAUUUAUAUGUAUUCUUUGGGGCGACGAUGCAACUAAUCCUGGUCCUUCAAAAACGCAUAGAAUGUAUCGUUUUAUGCACACAACUUACGUUCGUUUGGAUUAUCCACUGGUACGCUAGAUGCAUUGGUUUCGUUCAUAUAAACAGAUACAAGAUUAUACCGCCCGUAUUCUAAAAGCUCACUCACACUCACGCUCAAUGAGUGGAGGUUCAAUCUGAGCUUUUCUUGAGUGUCAAUGCUGUUUUUGAAUAGCUGGAGGGUUAGUGUCGUACCUUACUAUGUGACUAUUCACCCUCCAGCUAUUCAACAACAGCAUUGACACUCAAGAAAAGCUCAGAUUGAACCUCCACUCAUUGAGUGUGAGUGAGCUUUUAGAAUACAGGCGUACGAGUUCAUUACCUGGUGUAAAAUAUACAUUGUUGUUUCUUGUAGGAUUAUUUUUAACGCCGUUACUUGAAGGCUUACCUGAGAAAGUGCAGAAUGCUUUAGCGAAGAGCGUGCCGUUUCCAAACCGUCUCGGUGAUCCAUCGGACUAUGCUCACAUGGUCGCUGCGAUUAUUGAAAAUCCCAUGAUGAACGGAGAGGUGGUACGGAUAGACGGCGCAAUAAGAAUGCAGCCGUAAUGUCUUGGAAACAAUACUGAUUUCAAAUGCGCAGCUGUGCAUGUGAAGAUGUAUUAUUAAAGGAACUAGCAACAAAAAUUGUGUUUUUCUAAUUUGGAAGGACAUUGAGAUUUAUUCACAAAUUCUUUCUUCAAAUAUUCUCAAACUAUCUUAAUUUUUGAGAUAUUUGGAACCAAAACAUUCUGGUAUAUCCCGCCCCAUCUUGUUUUAAUAGUUUUAUAAUUAGAUAUUUAGAUCUAGUUAAAAGACACCACAACCCGGGUAAACGUUUUAAAACUAAAUCAGUCGAAUGCUUAUACAUAGCUUGAGCUUUAAUUUAAAAUAGACAGUAUUAGAAAGUAUAGCAGUUACCAUUAAAAUGACCUGAGAAAUGAGAAUUGCUCAAGAUACAAAAUAAUUUUACCUUCGAGGGCUCUGCUUCGAGGGCCUGGUCACAGGUUACGGACCUUACGGUUGUGACGUCACGCAUAUCUGACGAUGGAUAUAAAUAUCCAAGAAGUAUUUUGUUUGCAAUGAACUGAAGAGUCAUACCUUUUAUACCAAGAACAAUAAAGAAAAUCUGUAACUAGAUGUUGAAAUUCAUUGAAUUUCUCUUUCAAAUGGGGGAAAAUUAAUUUUUAUUGCUAUUUCCAUUUAAAUGUUUUUUUUAAUUCCACCUAAAUGCAAUAUUCUAAGGAUGAAGAUUUUUUAAUUUACAGUGUUUUGGUUGUGGAAAACACCGGUUCACGUAUAUUAAACAAUUAUUGGAUGAGACUUGGUCAAUGUUAUGCGCCUCAGAUUCGCUUCGACAGACAACAAUGACGUCAGUCUGACUAAUUCUUUAUGUUACACCUGUUGUAGCUAAGUUAAGACUGGCGUCUGGUGGGAAAGCGAGAUUUAAAGAGAAAAUAUAAUAUAUGCCUGUGGAAGAUAGUUUUGCACUGUUUCAUGACGUUUUGGGUGCAACAGUGUUUUAGGACUCGGUCAGGAAUAAAAUCCGGGCCCAUAUGUAUGAGCGUGCAAACUCGGCAAUAAUUUGUCCUUGGCUUUGGGGCUUC